AUGAUAUAUCAAGGCGGCCGAGCUAUUUCCGCACGAGUCAUCGCCAACAGCGAAGCUGUCUUCCAGAAAGCAGAGCACCAUGCCAUCCAAAUCCUCUCCUUCGAGCAUACCCUCCGCAUCGACAUUGAACUCUCCGUCCGGCGAUUUAUUUUACGCAAAGUACCCCGGCUAAUGGACAUUCUCACGGGCAUAUACUACUCCCACAUCUUCGUCGGUGUCGCCUUCUACGUCUACUGCUACACCUACCUCCCGCACAACAAAUACCAAGCUAUCCGACGGACACUAGCCCUAAUGAACAUCAUCGCGUUCGUGAUGCUCUCGCUCUGGCGAUGCACGCCCCCGCGUCUAUUACCAGAAGAAUUCGGCUUCAUCGAUGUACUGCAACGCGGGAACUCCGGGUUCUGCGUGGACGAGGAAUAA